GUCAGCCUCCCGCGGCGACACACCCGAAGCGGAACCCGCCUCGCAAUCUCCGCCCCCAUCAAAGUCACACGCCACAGCAUCUCCCUCCACUCCCACUCCGCCGUCACCAUGGCCGCCGCCGCCGUCCACUCCCUCCUCCACCUACCGGCGGCCCUAAUCCCUUCCCGCCACCCCGCUCCCUCCCUCCUCCGCCUCCCCUCCCGCCGCUUCCCCCUCCAGCUCCGCUCCUCCUCCUCCUCCACCUCCGCGGCCGACCUCACCGCCUUCCCCAGCGCCAAUGGGAUCCUCGCGGCCGAGCCCAUCGACGUGGACGCCGCCACGGAAGCUGAGCUGCGCGAGAACGGCUUCCGCAGCACGCGCCGCACCAAGCUCGUCUGCACCGUGGGCCCGGCCACUAGCGGCCCCGCCGAGCUCGAGGCGCUCGCCGUCGGCGGGAUGAACGUGGCCCGGGUCAACAUGUGCCACGGGGACCGGGAGUGGCACAGGGACGUCAUCCGGGCCGUGCGGAGGCUCAACGAGGAGAAGGGGUUCGCCGUCGCCGUCAUGAUGGACACCGAGGGCAGCGAGAUCCACAUGGGGGACCUCGGCGGCGCCUCAUCGGCCAAGGCAGAGGAUGGAGAAAUCUGGACAUUUAGUGUUAGAUCUUUUGAAUCUCCUCUCCCAGAACGAACUAUUAAUGUGAACUAUGAUGGAUUUACUGAAGAUGUGAGAGUUGGUGAUGAGCUUCUUGUGGAUGGUGGAAUGGCUCGGUUUGAGGUGAUUGAGAAGUUAGGACCAGAUGUUAAGUGUCGUUGCACAGAUCCUGGUUUAUUGUUGCCCCGUGCCAAUCUUACAUUUUGGCGGGAUGGAAGUAUUGUCCGUGAGAGGAAUGCUAUGCUUCCCACAAUUUCAUCAAAGGAUUGGCUUGACAUAGACUUUGGAAUUGCCGAAGGUGUAGAUUUCAUUGCUGUUUCAUUUGUCAAGUCUGCAGAAGUAAUCAACCAUCUGAAAAGCUACAUAGCUGCAAAGAGCCGUGGCAGUGAUAUAGCAGUCAUUGCAAAAAUUGAGAGCAUUGACUCUUUAAUGAACCUGGAGGAGAUUAUCAGAGCAUCUGAUGGUGCCAUGGUAGCCAGAGGGGACAUGGGCGCACAAAUUCCCUUGGAACAGGUCCCCUCAAUACAACAAAAGAUAGUUAAACUGUGCAGGCAACUCAACAAGCCAGUCAUUGUUGCUUCUCAGCUCCUGGAAUCGAUGAUUGAGUAUCCUACACCCACAAGGGCUGAAGUCGCUGAUGUUUCUGAAGCCGUCCGCCAGCGUGCUGACGCACUGAUGCUCUCUGGCGAGUCAGCAAUGGGGAGAUACCCGGAUAAGGCUCUUAGUGUUCUCAGGAGCGUUAGCCUAAGGAUUGAAAAGUGGUGGAGAGAGGAGAAGCGCCAUGAGGCACUGGAACUUCAAGGUGUUUCGGCUUCCUUCUCUGACAAGAUAUCAGAAGAAAUCUGCAACUCAGCAGCUAAAAUGGCUAACAGCUUGGGAGUAGACGCCGUUUUUGUUUACACGAAGACUGGCCACAUGGCCUCCUUGCUCUCGCGGUGCCGGCCUGACUGCCCCAUUUUUGCCUUCACGGCUUCGACGUCGGUCAGGAGACGGCUGAACCUCCAAUGGGGCCUCAUACCCUUCCGCCUCAGCUUCUCCGACGACAUGGAGAGCAACCUGAACCGCACCUUCUCGCUGCUCAAGGCCAGGGGCAUGAUCCAGUCUGGCGACCUGGUGAUCGCGCUCUCCGACAUGCUGCAGUCCAUCCAGGUGAUGAACGUACCCUGAGAGCCAUUCAUCUCCGUGCCGUGGAAUUCUCACCGAAAUGGGACACGGCCUUGAUUGACACCUUGAAAUUGAAGGGCAGUUCCUUGUACCGAAAUUAAUCUUUUCUCCCGUACUAGGCAGUAGACAGGUCCCGAGAACUGUAGCAAUAAUUUGCUUCUUUCAGCCUGCUGUAAAACUGUUGUGUUAUUUAGGCUUAGUUUGACCUUGUGGUGAGUUCUAAUCUGCAAGUUUUUUGUUUUAAUGUUCUUGAGGAACAAGCGGUUUUAAGCUGUACCCCAUCGUGAUGUUUUAUCUUCUAAAUUUUGGC